GUAAGGUCCCUCUUACAAAACACGUGUUACACGAUACAAACAUUUUUAAGAGAGGCAAACUUUGUUUCUAUGACCUUUGACCUGUUGAGCAGUCAACCGUCACAUCAUUCGGGCUCCUACGUGUAACAAAACUGCAUCAUCAGUGCAAGGAAUGACAGUGUGACAUGUGGCUUAAUGACAUAUGACCUGUGACAUAUUAGACGAGUAUAACAUAUAUAUGUGCUCUGUUGGGAACAUCAUAAUGGGAUCUGUGUGGACAGGUGUCUUCUUACUUCUGCUUCGUCUGUCUACAGUCUCAGGUGUACACAUCAUACCAUGUGGAGAUGACGGUGUUGUAGAAGUUUUGUCCGGUCAAAACACGUCCUUCACCUGUAAAUCUGAGGGGAAUGUACUAUGGAGACUACUAAAUCAAUCAAAUAAUCAUAAUCAGGCUUUCAUUUUAUCAAACUGUACAGAAAAUGGUUGCAAGCCAGCUUUUUUCGGUGAAACAUUUGUAGCGAGUGUGAGAGACAAUGACACUAAAGUGAUGACAGUCAACGCUGUCAACAACACAAAGAUCUUCACCAACGUUCAGCUCGUCAACGGAAGUGUGGAGUGUGAUGUUGUGAAAAACGGAAGAAUGAAUCAAUCGGUGGACAUUGUAAGAUCGGCUAGCUGUGGACUGAACUACGUGUAUCCAUCAGACAAAGUGGAAUGUAACGCAGCUAAAACCACUUCUUCCAUCAGUGUGUCCUGUGUCAUUGGCAGCGUCUACUCCUCACGAAGAGUUUACAAGUGUCAUCUCUUUCAACGCAGUAACGGGUUAUGUCAAAAUAGGUUGGAAACUGUCACCAUGGUGACUUCACCAACUUCAGAGAAGAUCACCAAGACUGAAGUGAAGGUGUCUGGUUCCUGUCAGUUCAACACAACUCUCCCACCAGACAAAGGAUUCUAUGGCUUUGUUGUUUCUAUCUCACCUGGGGGACGAAACUACUCCGUGACAAUGCCCAUGGAUGAUGAGGGGACUACAAUUGACACGACUUGUGACACAAAUCAUUGUGUCAAGAUAUUUGUUGGUGUGACAAGUGUCCUCCUUUCUGUCGUCAUCUUGCUCAUCAUCCACCUUGUGAUACAGAAGAAAAAUAAAGGUGUGCCGUUUCUAUUUAUUUUAUCUGUUCGUCUGUCUGCUGUAUUAAAAUUAAAAAUUCUGUGCUGUGAAGGGAAAGAAAAAAGGUUUUGAUGUGAACCUAGUGUGUGUCAUUAUACAUAAUUUGUCAUGUGUUUUCUGUGUAUACCUGCGUCUGUCUUCUACGAAAAUAUCAGUUGUUCUGAUGGGUGACGAGUGAGUAAGUAUCGUGAAAUGCUGAAUUUCAUCAAAACAGUCACACCACAAAUGAGGGUUAAUGUCAGUGACAUUCACGAGCAAUGAAAAUCGUGGAUUUCUUUUAUUCAUCCUCAUUUAAUUUCCGUAGUGCGUGAUUCUUAGAUUGUCGUGGGAAAAUAAAUAACAUAAAAUACUAGGAGUAAGAACGCCCGUGGACGCCGGCAUGCAAAGAUCAUGUUUGUGUUUUAUUUCUGUAUUUCUAGAUUUCUAAUGUUUUAACUUUUCAAUCUAAGGAUUUGUUUCUGAAUGUUCUUGUCAUGCUGUUGAGAUGAUUUUAUCGACGAUAAUCAGACGAUCAAGGGAGAUUACUUUCCUCGUGGCGUUUCUUCAGGAAGGAGACAUACAUUUUUUAAAUAAAAAGAAGUAAAAAUAAGAGGAAGUAUACUACCAUAAAAGAAAAAAAAAAUAAAUUGCAUUUUCGAAAUCUAGUUUCGGCUUUGUUGUUUUUGUUUUGCUUCACAUAAACUUUAAACCUUCUUACUGGAGCUCCCGUCAUACAAUUUCCGACUACAACUUCCCGGUUUUCUCAAACAGACCUCGAAAUUAAAUCACCACUUCUCAUUAUAUUAAAUGAGACAGCAAAGUUACAUCUAAUAAAAAAAAAAUUCCCGCCAAGCUGUGUGAGGGUGUGCUCUCUUCUAAAUAACCGAGAUAAUUGUACAUGGCGCACUGACAUCUUGAACAUUUAGCCACCAGAUCCGUGCUCGUUUGCAUCAAGGACCUUUACAAAGACAGAAAAUUUGAAAAUAGAGCUCUACUUUUUUUUUUAUUGAGAAUGUUGUUUGUUCUGAGGGAAGUUCCACUGACAUCCAGGUAUGACUGCCACUGUUGCCUCCGCCACGUCCUCCUGUAUUCCCGGGGUGAAUAAUUUAUCCGUUUGUAUUAUGUGCAUUAAUAAAUUAUAAUUCCAUUAUUGUUUACUGCAUUUUAUAUCAAGCUGAUGGUGACUGAGAAAUAUGUACAGUAUGCUUUAUUUAUAUGAAUGUUAUUUUGACAAUUAGAGAUUCGAAUAUAUAAGAAUAUGUCAGAAGAAUGAGGGAGUUAUUCUGAGGUCAGAAGACGAAGCGAAGGCAAGUGUGACUGGAUAUUAUGAAGGAUGGAGAGAAUGCUGCAACAGGUUUUCCAUCCUGAUUAUGGUGAUAAAGUUGAAAUUAAGCAUCCAUUCACACAAAAAAUUGAUUUAUAAAUUGAAUUAUUAUUAACAGUAGUAGUAAUAGUAAUAACAUGUGUAUGUAAAAAAUAGUGACAUAAAUAAAUAAUGCAGAUUCUGAUUAUAUUUGUGGAUUUUUAAUGACUUUUUAUUUGAAAAGGCAAGAAAGACAAUCAACAACUUUAAUCAAACAUAACGUACAAUCUGAUCGUUUUGGAUUUGAAAUCGCUUUUACUUACCACAAAAACUUAUCAGCUCAUAAUGUGUCGUUUAUAAAUUGUGGUCUUUUCUGCAAUGUUGUGUCGAAAACUAUCGUCUUCAAUAUUGUAUUAAAUACUGGUGGGAUAUUAGACUAACUUUGAAAAAAAGGUCACACUUGUGGAAUGCUUCAUUUAAUUGCUCGCCAUAAACCUGUUUCAUUAUUCAAUAGGCGUUAUAACUCUUCACACACAAACACAAACCACUUUUUGCCUGUCUCGCUCUCUCUCUCCGCACACACCUCCAAAUAUAUUCUUUUCCGGAAGUUAGUUUUUAAGGUCUUAUAUUAUUUGUAUGUAUUUUUUUUUUUGCCUGGCAAAUAGCUUAGUCGUUGUUUUAAAAUUUGAGAGGCUUAGUACCUCUGCAGUUGUAAUCCAUCAUCAUAUUUUGCGUAUUUUAUUCCUCCUUCCCACUAUCAGUCCAUUUAUACAGUCAGCCCAUGUUUUCUUUCUCUACUAUCACUAUCUUCAAGGACGUUAAAAGGAAAUU